UCUUUCCGGCGUUCAGUUGGGAGCAGCAUCUCGCACUGUUCGCGUCGUGCGUUAUAGCGUCUUAAAAGGCUAGACAAACGGCAUUAUUUAAGGAUAACAGCAGCUAACUUUAUUACUUAUUUUUUUUUUGUUUUUGUUGUAACCGUAAAAAAAAAAAAAAAACCCCAACCUCCGCAGCAAUAACCGCCCGACCGACAUCUACCGAAAGAAUAGCUGAUCCUCGCCCGCCUUCCCGAUACUACGUGUCCGUGAAUUCCAGCUCGAGCGAUCCCGGCCUUCCUACACUUUAGUUAUGAGUCAUGUGGCCAUCGAAAAUGUCCAUGCUUUAGAUCAGCAGUUUGCUGGCCUGGGCUUGAACUCUGACGAACAAAGUGGUGGUGCAGCAACUAAAGGCCGUUACAUUCCCCCACACUUAAGAAACAAAGAGGCUUCAAGACAAGGUUAUCCACGGUGUCAGUACCCAGCUGUAGAUGUAUAUAAGGGCUACGGUGACUGGUGGUCCCAAAGAACUGAUUCAAAUUGGGACUCACGUGGGGGUAAUGGCUACAUUAAUGGAACCGAUGGAGUAAAUGGAUGUGAUCGCAGUGGCCUUGGGAGUCGUGGUUCUGGCCGCACAGACAGAGGUUUCUAUGACAGAGAUAAUAACUCAAGUUGGAACUCAAGAGACAAAGAUGCAUACAGCAGUUUUGGGUCUCGUGGCAAAGCAGGUGUAUUUAAUGAUAGAGGAAGUGGAACCAGGCGAUCUGAUGACCGUCGCCCAGAUGGAUUUGAUGGAGUAAGCAGUCGUGGAGACAGAAGUGGAUUUGGUAGAUUUUCCGGUGGUAGUAGCCGGUGGUCAGAUGAAAGAAACGAAGAAGAUGAUUGGUCAAAACCCCUUGCCCCAAAUGAUCGCGUUGAACAGGAGCUCUUUUCUGGAGGCAAUACAGGCAUUAACUUUGAGAAGUAUGAUGAUAUUCCGGUUGAAGCAACGGGCAACAACUGCCCUCCGCACAUUGAGACCUUUCAAGAUGUUCAUAUGGGAGAAAUAAUAAUGGGGAAUAUUCAGCUGACAAGUUACACGCGGCCAACUCCAGUGCAAAAACAUGCCAUUCCCAUAAUCAUAGAAAAAAGGGACUUGAUGGCUUGUGCACAGACAGGCUCUGGAAAAACUGCAGCUUUUCUUCUACCCAUUCUCAGUCAAAUCUAUGCAGAUGGUCCUGGAGAUGCUGUGAAACACUUAAAGGAUAAUGGAAGAUAUGGAAGGCGCAAACAAUUUCCUCUAUCACUGGUUUUGGCUCCUACGCGUGAGCUUGCAGUACAAAUCUAUGAAGAAGCACGAAAGUUUGCAUACCGAUCCAAAGUUCGUCCGUGUGUUGUAUAUGGAGGAGCAGAUAUUGGGCAGCAGAUUCGGGACUUGGAACGCGGCUGCCACUUGCUUGUUGCUACUCCAGGCCGUCUAGUAGACAUGAUGGAGCGGGGGAAAAUUGGCUUGGACUUCUGCAGAUAUUUAGUUCUUGAUGAAGCAGACAGAAUGCUUGACAUGGGUUUUGAGCCUCAAAUUCGGCGAAUUGUUGAACAAGAUACAAUGCCUCCAAAGGGUGUUCGUCAGACUAUGAUGUUUAGUGCUACUUUCCCCAAAGAAAUUCAGAUACUUGCUCGUGACUUCUUGGAUGAAUAUAUCUUCCUGGCAGUUGGCAGAGUUGGUUCUACAUCUGAAAAUAUUACUCAAAAAGUAGUUUGGGUAGAGGAGUUGGAUAAGCGGUCAUUUUUGCUGGAUCUCCUGAAUGCUACAGGAAAAGACUCCUUAACACUAGUUUUUGUGGAGACCAAAAAGGGGGCAGAUGCUCUUGAGGACUUCCUGUACCAUGAAGGUUAUGCAUGCACAAGUAUACAUGGAGAUCGAUCUCAGAGAGACAGAGAAGAAGCACUUCAUCAGUUCCGUUCAGGGAAGAGCCCAAUCCUUGUUGCCACUGCUGUUGCGGCUAGAGGCCUUGACAUUUCAAACGUGAAACAUGUUAUAAACUUUGAUCUGCCGAGUGACAUCGAAGAAUAUGUACAUCGCAUUGGCCGUACUGGUCGUGUUGGUAAUCUGGGUCUUGCAACAUCUUUUUUCAAUGAAAAGAAUAUAAAUAUAACAAAGGAUCUGUUGGAUCUACUUGUGGAAGCAAAACAAGAAGUACCAUCAUGGCUGGAGAACAUGGCCUAUGAGCAGCAUCACAAGAGUAGCACUCGUGGCCGUUCAAAGAGUCGGUUCAGCGGUGGAUUCGGCGCUAGAGAUUACAGAACGAGCACUGGUGCACCAAAUAGCUUUGGCAGCAGUAGCCGUGGAGGACGUAGUAGUGGCCAUGGUGGUAGCAGAGGAUUUGGUGGAGGCGGCUAUGGGGGAUUCUAUAACAGUGAUGGCUAUGGUGGUAAUUACGGUGGCAGCUCCCAAGUUGACUGGUGGGGCAACUAAAUCUCUGCAGUAAUGACUCAACCAAACAAGCUAAUAUGGAAACCACAUGUAACUUAGCCAGACUAUACCUUGUGUAGCUUCAAAGAACUUGUACAUUACCAACUGUGAUUCUCCACAGAAUUUUGUUUUUAAGGGAGCUCUGGGCCAUGAAGAUAAAUUGGGGGGG